UCAAAGCCUGGUCCCCAGUCUAAAAUGUCUAAUGGUUGACUAAGAACUUGAAAAGUACACAGGAAAUGAAGAAGAGAGUCGUACUGGUGACCGGCGCUUCCGGUUACCUAGGUGGACGGCUAUGCAACCAGUUAUUCAACGGCGGACACCAUGUUAAAGCCUUCGUCCGCCGUACAAGCGACCUUUCUUCUCUACCUCCGCCUACUGACGGCGGAAGCAGCCACGGAACUCUAGAGCUUGUGUUCGGAGAUGUUACAGAUUAUCAGUCACUCCUUCUGGCUUGCUCCGGUUGCCACGUCAUAUUUCACGCUGCCGCCUUAGUCGAGCCUUGGCUUCCGGAUCCUUCUAGAUUCAGCUCCGUCAAUGUUGGAGGGCUGAAGAAUGUGUUGCAAGCUUAUAAAGAAACGGGCACUAUAGAGAAAAUUGUGUACACAUCAUCGUUUUUUGCCUUGGGAUCAACUGACGGAUAUGUUGCCGAUGAAACUCAGACCCACAGUGGAAAAUUCUUCUGUACGGAGUAUGAGAAAUCGAAAGUUGUUGCUGAUAAAGUUGCAUUAGAUGCUGCAUCUGAAGGAAUGACAAUAGUGCCUGUUUAUCCAGGAGUUAUAUAUGGUCCAGGAAAGGUCACAGCUGGAAAUGUCGUUGCGCGUAUGAUAAUUGAACGCUUUAAUGGGCGUUUACCUGGUUACAUUGGCCAAGCAAAUGACAGGUUUUCUUUUAGCCAUGUUGAUGAUGUGGUUGACGGGCAUAUUGCAGCUAUGGACAAAGGCAAACCAGGUGAAAGAUAUCUUCUUACUGGGGAGAAUGCAUCAUUUAAGGAAGUUUUUGACAUAGCUGCCAUGAUCACUCGGACAAAGAAGCCUUUGUUUGGCAUCCCCCUACUUAUUAUUGAAGCUUACGGAUGGAUAUCAGUUCUUUUCUCCAAAUUAACAGGAAAGCUUCCUCUAAUCAGUCCUCCGACUGUUUCCGUGCUUAGACAUCAGUGGUCUUACUCUUGUGAUAAGGCGAAGGCAGAACUGGAUUACCACCCGAGAAGUUUGAAAGAAGGUUUGUCUGAGGUGCUCCCCUGGUUGAAGAGCUUGGGAUUGAUUAAAUACUGACAUGUAAUAUCUUAUGAAGAAUGUAUGGUGUUUCGUUACGUAUACAUUAUCCUUAAAAUGACUGUGAAUACAUGUUACUCAAUACCCAGUUUUAUUUUUCAUUUUGUCGAGCUAUUGUUCUGAUGCUAAAAUUCAGGUUGGGGCCUUGUAAUUUCUUGAAGAUUUCACCUAAAUUGCCACAUAAAUGAAAGAACAUACACAAUCACUCUUCA